AUGUCUGAAAACUCUGAAAUAGAUAAGAGCAAUUUAAAUAUAAAGAAUAUUUUUCCUACUGGCAAGAAGCCUUAUUCAUGCGGUGUGUGCGAUAAAACAUUCACUCGAAAAAGUCGUUUAAAGGAACACUCUCUUAUUCACACUGAAAAGAAACCUUUUUCUUGCAGUAUUUGUCAUAAAUCUUUCUCUUAUAAAGAUAGUUUGAUUGGACAUUAUAGUACUCAUACUGAAGAGAAACCAUAUUUAUGCAAUGUGUGUAAUAAAGCAUUCUCACGUGUAAGUCAUUUGAAAGAACAUUCUAUAGUUCAUACCGGAGAAAAACCUUAUUCAUGCCCUGUGUGUGAUAAAACUUUCUCUCGCAAAGAAGGUUUAAAUAAACACAGUGUUGUCCAUACUGGAGAAAAACCUUUCUCAUGCAAUGUCUGUGAUAAAAAAUUUUCACGGAAAGCUCAUUUAAAAGUGCACUCUCUUGUUCAUAUUGGAGAGAUAUCUUAUUCAUGCAAUGUAUGUAAUAAAACAUUCUCAGAGAAAAUUCUUUUAAACGAACACUCUCUUGUUCACAGCGGAGAAAUACCUUAUUCGUGCAAUAUAUGCGAUAAAAUGUUCUCAGAGAAAAAUCUUUUAAAAGAACACUCUGUUGUUCACGGUGAAGAAAAACCUUAUUCAUGCAGUGUAUGCCAUAAAACAUUUUCACAGAAAGUUCAUUUAAAAAAGCAUUAUAUUGUUCAUACAGGUGAGAAACCUUACUCUUGCAGUGUGUGUUACAAAACUUUCACACAGAAAGCUAAUUUAAAUAGACACUAUCUUCUUCAUACUGGCGAAAAACCUUAUACAUGCAGUGUGUGCGAAAAAACUUUCUCACGGAAAACUAGUUUGACUGAGCAUAGUGUAGUCCAUACUGGAACUAAACCUUAUUCAUGUACUAUAUGUGAAAAAUCUUUCAUAAGGAAAUCUAAUUUAACUAAACAUCAUGUAACUAAACAUCAUUUAUCUAAACAUCAUUAA